UUUCUCUCUCUACCCCCCCCCCUUUUCUCUUUUCUUUCUUCCAUAGAUGUUUGAAAUCGCAGUCAUUUACGCUCGACAGUUUUUACAAUAGCCUUGAGCCAUAAUUUUGCGAGUCUCUCCAGCAUCCAUACCCCUGCAUGGUCUCUCUCCACCGGCCAUGCACGACCGUUUCUCUCCCCAACCGUGGAUUUCCUAUUACUCUCGUUACGACUCACUGAGCCCCAGGCCCAAGGAUAAUGAUGUGUUGUUUCUUGGUAGCAUAAUUUGUCACACGUAUAUUUCUUCUUCUUCUUCUCUUGCAGAAAGCACAGCACCCUCUCACACACUCACACACACUUCUUGUUAAUUCAGAAGAACAAAUGAUCAACGUCAACAAAUAAGCCGAAAUAGUGACUUUAAGGAGUUGGAUUCUAAUGGUUCUUUGGAGGCGACGCGCUUUAAAGGAAAAGGACGUUUCUUGAAAAGGAAGAACAAAGGAAAUUCAAGUGGCGUUCACAGACAGGAAGUCAUGUCCAGAUCGGGUGAUAGAACAUCCACCUUUGACCCAACACACAGUGACACCCUGCUGCAUGGGCUCAACCUCUUGUGGAGAAAACAGCUGUUCUGUGAUGUGACUCUCACUGCCCAGGGACAGCAGUUUCACUGCCACAAAGCCGUGCUGGCAUCCUGCUCCCAGUAUUUCAGAACUCUCUUCUCCUCCCAUAAUGUAAUCAACAGUGAGGGCAGCAAAGGGGACCAGGGGAGCAGCGGGACCCCUUCAUCCUCGCCGGAUGACAAGCUGAUGACCCCCAGCACUAGGCCAAUAAAUAACCUGGUGCUCCAGGGAUGCUCCUCCAUCGGAUUACGAUUAGUGCUGGAGUACCUGUACACUGCCAACGUGACUCUUUCCCUGGACACUGUGGAAGAGGUGCUGUCAGUCAGCAAGAUUCUCAACAUCCCACAGAUUACAAAGCUCAGUGUGCAGUUCCUCAAUGACCAGAUCUCUGUGCAGAACUACAAGCAGAUCUGCAAGAUCGCCGCACUCCACGGACUGGACGAGACGAAGAAGUUAGCCAACAAGUACCUCGUGGAGGACGUGCUGCUGCUAAACUUUGAGGAGAUGUGCGCCAUGCUAGAUGCUCUUCCGCCACCGGUGGAGUCGGAACUGGCUCUCUUCCAAAUGUCAGUCCUCUGGCUGGAGCAUGACCGAGAGACUCGCAUGCACUACGCCCCGGACCUCAUGAAGAGGCUUCGCUUCGCCCUCAUACCUGCCCCGGAGCUGGUGGAGAGGGUGCAGUCAGUUGACUUCAUGAGGACCGACCCUGUGUGCCAGAAACUACUCCUAGAUGCCAUGAAUUACCACCUGAUGCCCUUCAGGCAGCACUGCAGGCAAACCACUGCCAGCAGAAUCCGCUCCAAUAAGAGAAUGCUGUUACUGGUGGGUGGUUUGCCUCCUGGACCCGAUCGUCUCCCCAGCAAUUUGGUCCAGUACUAUGACGAUGAGAAAAAGACAUGGAAGAUCCUCACAAUAAUGCCUUACAACAGCGCCCAUCACUGCGUGGUGGAGGUGGAGAACUUUUUACUCCUGCUGGGUGGAGAGGAUCAAUGGAACCCCAAUGGAAAGCACAGCACUAAUUUUGUCAGCCGCUAUGAUCCCAGAUUCAACAGUUGGAUACAGCUGCCUCCUAUGCAGGAGAGGAGAGCCAGUUUCUUUGCCUGCCGUCUGGAUAAGCACCUCUACGUGAUUGGUGGGAGGAAUGAGACAGGUUACCUCUCCAGCGUGGAGUCCUACAACCUGGAGACAAAUGAGUGGAACUACGUGUCGUCUCUGCCGCAGCCCCUGGCUGCCCAUGCAGGAGCAGUUCACAACGGGAAGAUCUACAUCUCAGGAGGUGUUCACAAUGGUGAGUACGUUUCCUGGCUCUACUGUUAUGACCCUGUAAUGGAUGUGUGGGCUCGGAAACAAGACAUGAACACAAAGCGUGCCAUUCACGCCCUGGCUGGAAUGAACGACCGCUUGUAUGCCAUUGGAGGAAACCAUUUGAAAGGUUUCUCCCAUCUGGACGUGAUGCUGGUGGAGUGUUACGACCCGAAAGCUGACCAGUGGAACAUCCUACAGACACCCAUCCUGGAGGGUCGCAGUGGCCCCGGCUGUGCCGUUUUGGAUGACAGCAUCUUCCUCGUGGGCGGCUAUAGUUGGAGCAUGGGGGCCUAUAAGUCUUCAACUAUCUGCUACAGCCCUGAGAAAGCAACAUGGACAGAGCUGGAGGGAGAGGUGGCAGAGCCUUUAGCUGGUCCGGCGUGUUCCACAGUCAUACUGCCCACCUGCCUUCCUUUUAACAAAUGACAACUAAUCCACCCGGCAGGCGAGGGGGGCGAGGAGCUGCAAAGUGAUUGGGGGGAGGACCAUCAAUAAGAAAAACAGUUGUCAACAGUUUUGUGACAAGCCCUUUGGUCAGAUGAUGAGGGUGUGUAUAAAUUAUUUUUUUACAGGUAUGACCAGAGCACUUUUGUUAUUCCCUACUGAAGGCGUGACAAAACCCCCCCCCCCCCAAAAAAACCAAAAAAAAAACAAGAGGAAAAAAGAAAACCAAUGUACAACUUAUGUAUUUAAGCUCAUCUGUGUUAAAGCUCUGACAGAAUGGUCAGUUUCACAUUUAAUUUGAUUUAAACUGAUGGUGAGUGUUUUUGGCUUCUCUUCUA